UUUAAUGUAAUAUACUUACUAUCUUGACUAAUCUCAAAUUUAUUAUUUAUAUUUACUUUACAAAAAAGUGGAUUAAUGCAUUAGUUUGAUAUAAAGCAAAUGUUGAGGACACUAUGAAUUCACUUUAAAGGUGCAGUACAAAGUAUUAUGGGUAUGGAUUUGCAUGCCUUGGUCCGGACGCUUCACUCCGGCAACAUCCACAUCAACAUCCACCAAGGUAGACAACUCCACCUCGUAUUCCUCAAAGCUGGCAUCCUCAGCUCCUCCAUAACUGUCGCCAAUCGCCUCCUCCAACUGUAUUCCAGAUUGGGCUCCAUCAAUGAGGCACGCCGCUUGUUCGACGAAAUGCCUCAAACAAAUGCCUUCUCAUGGAGUACACUCCUGCAGGCUUACAUCAACUCUGGCCAAAGGGACACGUCCUUGAACUUGUUCUGUACCAUGCCUCACAAGAAUCAUUAUUCCUGGACCAUGCUAGUUUCCACGUUUGCAAAAGCCGGGAACCUUGAUGUGGCUCACUCCUUGUUCACUGCCAUGCCCCAGAGGAGUGAGCUCGUGUGGAAUUCCAUGAUUCAUGGUUAUUCUCGAAAUGGUUAUCCGGGGAAGGCAUUGUUGUUAUUCAGGGAUAUGAAUUUGGAUCCUUUGGAGGUUGUGCACAGGGAUUCUUUUGUGUUGGCAACUGUCCUUGGUGCGUGUGCCGAGUUGGUGGCGCUGAAUUGUGGGAAGCAGGUGCAUGCUCGAGUUUUGGUUGAUGGUGUGGAGCUUGACAAGGUGAUGUGCAGCUCACUGGUUAAUUUUUAUGGGAAGUGUGGUGAUUUGGAUAGUGCUUCUCGAAUUGUGGGUAUUGUUAAGGAUGUGGAUGAGUUCUCAGUGUGUGCUUUGGUAUCUGGUUAUGCAAAUGCUGGCAGAAUGAGAGAGGCAAGGAGGGUUUUUGAUGGGGUUGUUGGACCAUGUAGUGUUCUGUGGAAUUCGGUUAUUUCAGGUUAUGUAUCCAACAGUGAGGAAUUGGAAGCACUGGCUCUCUUCAAUAAAAUGCGCAGGAAUGGAGUCAGGGCCGACAUCUCCACACUUGCAAACAUUUUGAGUGCUACCAGCACCUUACUUAUGAUUGAGCUUGUUAAGCAAAUGCAUGCUCACGGUUGUAAAUUUGGGGUGAUUGAUGAUAUUGUAGUGGCUAGUGCUUUGCUUGAUGCAUAUUCCAAGUGUCAAAGCCCUUAUGAUGCUUGCAAAUUGUUUAGUGAGCUAAAAGCUUAUGAUACAAUCUUGCUUAAUACUAUGAUCACUUUAUAUUCAAACUGUGGAAGAAUUGAAGAUGCUAAAAGUAUUUUUAACAAUAUGCCUAGUAAGACAUUGGUUUCUUGGAAUUCAAUCUUAGUUGGACUCACUCAGAAUGCAUGUCCAGGCGAAGCAUUGGAUAUUUUUUGUCAGAUGAACAAGCUUGACUUAAAAAUGGACGAGUUUAGCUUUUCCAGUGUUCUCAGUGCCUGUGCCAGUAAAUCAUCACUUGAACUUGGGGAGCAGGUAUUUGCUAAAGUCAUCACCAUUGGGCUUGAAUCCAACCAGAUCAUUUCAACCUCCCUUGUUGACUUUUAUUGUAAGUGUGGAUUUGUUGAGUUAGGACGUAAAGUUUUUGAUGGCAUGAUCAAAACUGAUGAAGUUUCAUGGAACACAAUGUUGAUAGGAUAUGCCACAAAUGGAUAUGGAACUGAGGCACUGACCCUCUUUACCGAAAUGGGGUAUGCCAGUGUGAGGCCUUCUGCCAUUACUUUUACUGGGGUUCUUUCAGCCUGUGAUCACUCUGGUUUGGUUGAAGAAGGAAGGAAUCUGUUCCAUGCUAUGAAGCAUAACUAUAACAUAAGUCCAGGAAUUGAACAUUACUCUUGCAUGGUAGACCUUUUCGCUCGUGCCGGUUGUUUCGCAGAAGCAAUGGAUAUAAUUGAAGAAAUCCCUUUCCAGGCUGAUGCAAACAUGUGGUUGUCAGUGCUUAGAGGUUGCAUAUCCCAUGGAAACAAGAAUCUUGGCAAGAAGGCCGCAGAGCGAAUUAUUCAGCUUGAUCCUGAGAAUUCAAGUGCUUACAUACAAUUAUCCAACAUACUUGCAACUUCUGAGGACUGGGAAGGAUCAGCACAAGUAAGAGAAUUGAUGAGAGAGAUGCAUGUUCAAAAAACUCCCGGUUGCAGUUGGGCAGAUUGUUGAAUGAGAAACUCUCUUACUACAAUUUAUAGUUUUAUUAGAAGAAUAGAAUUUGUAAACAGGAUCCAUGUAAAGUACGUAGCUGCAGGGAAAAGGUUGCUGUCUUGAGGGCAUAUAAAAAUGUUACCCAUUUGUCACACUAUAAU